UGCAGCUAUAUUUGCACAGAGCAAACAGAUGUACGCGUUUCUGCAUGAUGGACGGUUCAGAAAAUAAUUCAGGAUAUAGUGCCGUACUGCGCAAAAAGGAAUAUAUUCGAUACUUCGGGACUCGACGUUUAAAGCAAAUAUUGUAAUUAUCGAUAACACGCCGGAAAAUUCUGGAACCAAAUGUUGCACGAGUGUGUGUUUAAUCGAUUCUCCGUCAAUCAUGGAAUAAUGUGGGGUUUCCGUUGCUUCACCUUUCUUCCAUAUUACUUCGUGAGUCUUACAAAAAUCCGAAAUACAUCAAUCACCCUUUCCCUAUACACAGUCUGUGGUUUUCACGAGUGCGGGGUUUAAGACAUACUGGCCAGAAGAUGGGCCAUUGGAAAGCAAUUCACAGCGAAAGUACUUAACCAAUCCCAACCAACUAAGAUACGGUUAGUUUUGAUGGUUCCAUUGGAUUCCUGCAAUUUCCACCGCCUAUUCCCAAUGAUGUACCCACUUGAGUGCCUCAACCUCGUCUUUAGGGACGCCUCAUGAUUGUGGAUGUCGCUGGGGGCAAGGUUGCCGGUUUUUGUGUCUUGUAAGUGAGCAUAAUCGGGGAUGAACUGGACCUGUUUGACAGUACUGCGCAUGUCUCGGUACAACGCCACAAUGAAGAAUCAUUAAUUGGGAUAAUAGACACACGUGUAGCUUCAAGUCUGUAGAUGGAAAAUUAAAGUCACCGGACUUGGGUAGAUGUUGAAAUUAUGUACCACACCGGCUGGACGAAUUAAGACACUUCAAGACCGACACGGCAUGAGGCUAGUGCAAUAGAACGUGUCACUCCAGGUCCGCCCCUCGGACUGCCUGCACAGUCAGACAGUCUGUGAAAUUGUGGAGUAUUUGGUUUUUAUAGUCGGCUGGUGGCUAUGCUAUGAUAUGACACCAAUUUCCUGACAGUCGUUCUCUUCCAGUCUGAGAAGACAUUUGGAAAUCGGACGGUAACCGCAGGGGAACUAGUGGAGUUCAGGCACCGUGGUCUUUCUGUUCAGCCGCGGGUUGUCAACCCAGAGUCGACUGGAGUGGAGAUAGUGACUGAUUAACACGAUACAGUUACCACCCAGGCAUCUCUAGGCCGCAGUCCGCAGUCUGCUUUAAAGAUCGAACUGUCGUGUGAUCGGAGGAUUUUCUUCAUUGCGUAACCUACGAGAGACGCCAACUCAAAAUGACAGAAGUGAGCUAUGAGAGGAUCCAAGGUAUGACGACAGAGGGCGCCAUAACAAGGACCGAAGAGAGCGAAGGUGGCGAGCCGCCGGCCACCGGCACCGGACAUAACGCCAGCACAAGGAUUGUUGUCCUGUUCUUGUUGUUCUUCCUAGGCGUUGUAGGAAACUCACUCGCCCUGCUCUGGAUAUGGAACAACCGCAAGCGGCGAUCCCGCGUGAAUAACAUUGUGCUGGGACUAGCCACGGCGGAUUUCUGUGUCUGCAUUUUCACUAUCCUUGUCUCGGUCAUCUACGAACUGCAGAAUUAUCACUGGUACGCCGGUGAUAUUGGUUGCAAGACAUUUAUGGCCCUACAGAUAGCCUCACUAAUGGCCUCCAGCUUCAUGCUGGUCAUCAUGGCUAUGGACCGUCACCAGGCCAUUCGAGCCCCCCUCAAGGAAGGCUUCUCGGUCAAGAAGAUGGUCAUGUUGGCCUGGGGACUAUCUAUAGCCCUUUCCAUCCCCCAGAUGUUCGUGUGGCACGUAAAGGAAAAACUCGACUUCGAGACUUGCGGGACAUCCCUGAACGAGACCCCCCACUGGCGGUUGGUUUACAUCAUCUUCGGCGCCCUGUUCACGUUCUUCAUUCCCUUCGUCGUCAUCACUGUGGCCUACAUCCGCCUGUCCAAGAAGAUCUGGGAUAAAGCCCGUGAGACGUCGGGCAAAGCCCGCAGCGCCUCCAAGAAGCGCAAGAUCUGUAUGCAGAGUACGGGCUCCUCCUCGCUGAACCGUGCCAAGAUCAAGACGCUCAAGAUGAGCGCGGUCAUCAUCGUCAUGUUCGUCCUGUGCGGAUUGCCUUACUUCGCAGUGGAGAUGAUUCAGAGCUACCUGCUGUACGAGGAACGCGGCAGCCUGAACCCAGACAUGUACGGCAUCUUUGGCAUCUUCGCUGUCUCCAACUCAGCCGUCAACCCGUACGUGUUUCUGUGGUUCAACAAGCGUACCAAGUGCAUGAAGCUCAUCCGGCUGGGCCCGCCGGAUGAGCCGUCAACCAAGAAGCGACGCUUGGGUUCCCGAGGGGCGUCCACCUCUAGCUACUCCCCAGAGGAUACUACCAAGACCAUGCUGGAAUCCAAAGCAGCCACAAGGGGGGACCUCAACAACCAUCACGACCACCGUUCCCAUGGUCACCCUAAUAACAACGACAUCCGUAUGGACCCGAUUCGCGAGGAUACUACGGACGUAACGGCGACACGUGUUUUAAAUACUAACGUGUAAACACACCUGUCCCUACUAAAAAGCGUUUUGCUUUUGAGAGUUAUGACAAAAUCAUUCGUGUCUGAAAAUAUAUCGUCAAGUGUUCCUUAUACAAGUUUUAAGAAUAUUAUUAUAAAUGAUCUGGUGAACUAAAUUUGUGAAAAAGAAAUACCGUAAAUUGGCUGCACGGCACUGUUUUUUAUUGCAUGCUAUACUUUUUUUGACAAAAUAAAGUUUUUAUUGGAAAAUAUACCAAUAGUUGCUUACGUAGAUAUUUGACAUUGAAGCAAACGAAUAGAUUACAUUAUCCACUGAAUAAAUACAUUUGUAAUUUCUGAAUUAAAACUAAAAAUGUUACUUGCUUAGGCCUAUAACACGCUAAGUCCGUGCAAUGCUAAUAUGUUCCUGUAUUAGACCCAUUUUCCGAUGAUGGAUUUUUUUUGAAAUGUUUCAAUUUUGAAGUUGUACGUCUUAUGUGACAUGCAUGCUAACAGAAAAUAUAGAUGUAAAUUUAAAAGGAUCGUUAAGGGGAACUAAUUGUACAUCUCCUAAUUUGCUGUGGCAUAUCUAAGAUGAGUUUGUGGGAAAAGGGACAUAUAAAUUAUAUCAGGGCAAAGAACUUCUGAGCUUGUUCUGUGCGAUCACGUGCCCCAGAUGUAUUUUCAAUUUACCAUCGAAAAUGGCCAAAAUUAGAACGAGUUGUGGUUUACUCGACGUUUUCAAAGCACGUGUACUUGUGUUGUGUUUUCUGUGUUAAUGGUGUACUAUACAUAUACGGUCAUAUAGGGUAUAUGAACAAAGGGUAACAAUAGGGACAAUGGUACCCCGUAACUCGGUCUUAAGAAAUCUCAGUACAAUUGUGUAAACGCUAUGGUGUUUGAAAUUUCAAUAGAAACAAUUAAAGGAGAACAAUAUAUUUUUAUAGUAAAGCAGUUGCGUAAAUCUGUGCCGGCUAGUAGGGGGGGGGGGGAUGACCAAAAUCCAAAAAUUGCCCGGCCGUGGAAAUUCGA